AUGGCGGACGGACCGCAUGGGCCUCUCAAGAGAAAUGCAUCUGAAAGUGAUAUAAGCAGUAGUGAUAAUGAAAGUGAUUUCAGUGCUGACGAUAGUAUAGCAGAUAGAGAUUAUCGUCCAACUGUUAGUGGAUCUGAAUCUCCAUUUGAAUCUGAACAAUCCAUCUCUGGAGAAGAGUCGUCAGAUGAAAAUUUUGAGGAACCAGUCCAAAACGUAACACAACAAGCUGGAACAUCACGAGGUGUUCUGGUAACGCCGGAUAAAAGCAAUCCUUCUCGAUGGCGGAAGACGAAUAUAGAACGGAGGGAGAAAAAAAAGCGCCAAAUCAAACGAAAUCUUGGAUGCAAGUAUGAAAGUAGUAGGGGAAAAACGGUUUUGGAUAGGAAAAUUGGCCCGUCUUGUAACUGCAAGAAGAAGUGUAGAGAGCGACUCCUGGGAAAAGAAACUGACAUUUUCAAUUCAUUUUGGAACUUAGGUACCUACAAGGCCCAAAACACUUACCUGUUCGGAUCCAUAAAAGCUGUACCAAAGAAGCGUUCCUAUAAAAAGAAAAUAAAAAGAAGAGAAUCGUCUCGAAAAGUCACUUAUCAAUAUUUUGUCAAAGUAAAUGGAAUUGACAUACAGCUGUGCAAGCAAGAAUUUUUAGCCAGUCAUGGUCUGCAAAAGUCUUCUAAGCGCGUUAGGCUUAUUUGCAAUCAGAUCUCAGACGGGCGAAGUGUUCCACAAGAUGACAAGAGAGGAAAACACAGCAAUCGGCCAAAUAGAACACCACUUGAACAAGUACAGUCCGUUCAUGACCAUAUACGCGCGUUCCCAAAAUAUGUCAGCCAUUAUAGCAGAAAGAAAAAUCCAAGCAGAGUUUACCUUGACCAUGACAUUAGUAUCUCUGGACUUUACAAGGAUUUUUAUAUUGACUGGUGUAGGGAAAAAAAUAUUACCCCAGUCAAAGAACACAAGUAUCGAAGAAUAUUUUGCAAUGAAUAUAACAUAGGCUUCAAAUUGCCGAAAAGCGAUACGUGUCUAACAUGUGAUUCAAUGAAAAUUGCUAUUCAAACAGCAACUGCGAACAAGAAUGAAGAAGACCUUAACAGACUGAAACUUGAGCUUGAGUUACAUCAUAGGAGAGCAGAAGCCAUGUCAAAUAAUAUGAAAGAGGAAGUAAAAUCAGUUAAACAAACCAAUAGAAAAGUAUUAGUUAUUGCAUUUGACUUGCAGCAAACUCUUCCAACACCUAGUCUUACAGUUGGUCCAGCAUUCUACUUGCGUAAAGCUUGGACUUACAACCUUGGUAUUCACGAUUGCAUAUCUGGACAAGCAAGCAUGUUUAUGUGGACAGAGGCUACAGCCAAGAGAGGAAGUGAGGAAAUAGCAAGUAUUUUAUUGAAGUAUCUCUCAUCUAGAGAAACAAAUGAACAAUGGGAACUUGUUGUUUUCACUGAUAACUGUGGAGGCCAGAACAAAAACUGGCUAAUUAUGGCACUAUGGCUACAACUUGUCAGGGAAAAAAAAUUCAAAAGUAUUGAACAUAGGUUUUUGGUAUCAGGACAUACCUAUUUGCCUUGCGAUAGGGAUUUCGCCCAAAUUGAAAAACACAAGAGGUAUUUGAGACAAAUUUAUUGCCCAGAGGACUGGUACGAAGCCGUUAGAAAAAGUAAAAGAGCCAAUCCAUUCGAAGUUAUUGUUAUGGAACAGAAAGAUUUCUUAUCGUUUCAAAAAGUUCCUAUGGUGAAAAAAAACAUAACUGAAGAUAAAGAGCCUGUAAAUUUCACAAAAGCACGCUGCUUCCGAUUUGAAUCGGGUGAACCCAAUACGAUGUUUAUAAAACAUGAACUAAAUGGAAAUUUAAAAAAAGUUAAUGUUGGAAAGCGUGGAAAUAGGUUAGUUCUUCAGUCAGACGAUAUUCUUGACAACUUAGACUGCAAAUACAAUGAACCUGUAAAACUGAACAGCAAGAAAGUUGAAGACUUAAAAAAACUUUUGCGAUACAUACCACCUAUCAAUCAAAACUUUUAUGUUACUAUUUUCGAGCAGUGUGCUGGAGAGCACAUUGACGAAACUGAAGAUCAAAAUAUUGCGGAAGAUGUGGAUGGAGAAGACUAG